AUGGAAUAUGUUAAAGGUGGGAAGCUCUUCAACAAGGUUGCAAAAGGGAGGCUUAAAGAAGCACGCAAAUACUUCCAUCAAUUGAUCGGUGCCGUCAAUUUCUUCCAUAGCCGAGGGGUCUACCACCGUGAUCUCAAGCCGGAAAAUCUCCUCCUCGAUGAGAACGGCAACCUCGGAGUAAUGGGCAGCACAGGCAACAAGGAGGGUAGCAGAAGUAGAGACGAAGACGAAGACGAAGACACAGAGUUUUGUUGCAGUGAUGACAUUCUUACAAAGCUUCUAAUUUCACUUACCACUCAAAUGCGUCUUCAAAUCCAAGCUCUCAAUCGCGCAGGUCUUGACUGUGAUCUCGCAAAAGCAAAAAGUGGCUUUGAGGGAAGCCUACAGGAAGAAGAAGUUCCUGCCACUGAUCUUCGUCCGGCGAAAACCAGAGCCAUUGCUUGUUCUUCCAGUGGCUUCUCCACCUUCAUUGCCCUUAAUGUACCAAUCGAGCUCCGCUGGGCGACGGCGGCGGCGGCGCCAUGGAUCCCAGAGAUGAAGGGCAGGGCUUGGAGGUGGUGA